GUUGUAAUGUGGGUAUGUGAGCCUGCGAGUAGAGCGCUUGGAGUAAAAAUAAAACCCAGGAUAAAACUUCAAAAUGGCGCAACUAUUAAGUGUAAACACCCAAUUUUUAUAUAUGUCAAGUGAUUAUUAAAUAAACUUUAUUAGUAUAUAAAUAAACAAUAAAACUAUAUGUUUAAAAAGUUGUUAAGGUGGGGAGAGGAUAAUUGUUAUUUGAAUGUUUACAAUCGAAAUGUCGAUCGCUCAUUCAUUGACAGGGUCUGAACCCACUAAAAUGGCUCAAAAACGAGUUGCUAGCAGUAUUGGCCAUCAAGAUAGAGUAUCCAAGUGACAUGUACGGUGGUGGAACGGGUGGCACGGAGUAUGGAGUAGGCCUCGGACCCGGUCCUUCACAUUACGUUCCCCAACCAUCAAGUCACAUAGCUUACCAAUUGGGAACAGCACCCCCACUGGUUGGGGGUCUACCACUUGGAGCUGGUGGGCCUCCUCCCGGAAGUCAGCUACUGUCUUACGGGCAAAACUUAUCACCGCAUCACGUACAACAGCCGCAAAAUGACUCGCCGCAGUCUAAAAGACGGAGAUCUGACGAGGAUGAUCCCAGUGGAGGAAAGUACCGAAGAAUCGAGGACGACAAUUUGCAGGACAAGGAAAGAUUUGCAAGCCGAGAAAAUCAUUGUGAAAUCGAACGUCGAAGGAGGAAUAAGAUGACAGCGUACAUUACCGAGCUUUCGGAUAUGGUUCCAACAUGCUCAACUUUAGCGCGAAAACCAGAUAAACUUACUAUACUAAGGAUGGCAGUUGCUCAUAUGAAAGCACUUAGAGGUACGGGCAACACAAGUGCUGAUGGAACUUAUAAACCUUCAUUUCUUACGGACCAAGAAUUGAAGCAUUUAAUAUUAGAAGCAGCGGAUGGUUUUCUUUUCGUUGUUAGCUGUGAUACUGGCAGAAUCAUUUAUGUAUCAGACUCUGUUGCGCCAGUUUUAAAUUAUUCUCAAAGUGAAUGGUAUGGUUCAAGUUUAUAUAGCCAAGUACAUCCGGAUGAUACGGAAAAGGUUCGCGAACAAUUGAGUGCUUCAGAGCCUCAACAUGCUGGCAGGAUACUCGAUCUUAAAACUGGGACAGUUAAAAAAGAAGGACAUCAAUCUUCUGUGAGACUGAGUAUGGGAUCAAGAAGAGGCUUUAUAUGUCGUAUGAAGGUUGGUAACCUCCAGACCUCGGGCGACAUGGCUGCUGCACAGGGCCUACAUCGUUUGAAACAGAGAAAUUCACUGGGACCACCAGCGAGAGACGGGCAAAGUUACGCUGUUGUUCACUGCACGGGGUAUAUCAAAAAUUGGCCCCCCACUGGUGAGUUUGGUGAUUUUGUUCCCCCGUGUGUACCAGGUGUGGGUUUAGGUGACAGAGGUGUUCAAGCUAGUGCCGAUGGCGUUGUUUCAGAAGAUGUUACCUCCCAUUGCUGUCUGGUGGCUAUUGGACGAUUACAAGUUACCAGUACACCAAAUACCAGUGAUUUGACUGGUGGCAAUAGUAAUAAUGAAUUUAUUUCACGUCAUUCUGCGGAAGGUAAAUUUACUUUUGUUGAUCAAAGGGUUGGUCAUAUACUAGGAUACGCGCCGUCUGAACUUCUGGGACAUCAAUGUUAUGAAUUUUUUCAUCAAGAAGAUUUACCACAUAUGCGAGAAAGUUUUGAUCAAGUUUUGAAACUUAAAGGACAAGUAAUAUCAGCCGUGUAUCGGUUUCGUGCUAAAAAUCGUGACUGGAUAUGGUUGAGAACAUCUGCAUUUGCAUUUUUGAAUCCAUGUUCACAAGAAGUUGAAUAUAUCGUUUGCACCAAUACAACUGCUAAAUCCCUCCAUCCUGGUAGUGAUACACAAGUAGCAGCAACAGCAGCAGGAGCAGCAUCAGCAGCAGUAGUUGCAACCACAGCAGAAAGUGAAGCUGUAACUCCGUAUGGUCAUCAUAGUUUGGAUUAUUCAUUACAGCGACAACAUUCAAGAGAACCAAUGUAUCCAACCCAUCAUAUGAUGCAGCAACCCCAUCCAGCAGCUGUUGUUGCUUCAGGACCACCACAACCUAGACCAGCAAGCAAUCAAAAUCAUGUAUAUCAAGGUUAUGAAGCUACUCAAUCACCAAUAGCUUAUGGCUCACCUAAUCAACAAAAUCCAUCGUCGACAGUAUUAAAUAGAAUGCAAAAACCAGCAAAUACAUCACCAUCGCCAAUUCAACAACCGUGGAAUAUUGGUCGACAGCAACCAGUAACAGAAGGAUACCAAUACAGUCAACUGAGUCCAUCUAGAUCACCAAGUGGACCUACUUAUACUCAAUUAAGUAGUGGCGCUAGAACACCUGCUUCACAAUAUCAUUCAAUCACAACAGUGCCUAACAAUCCGAGUAUGUGGGCUUGGCAAGCCCAACAGCAUCAAGCACAGCAGCAAGAUGGUGGACAAGCUAAUCCACAAGUGACAGGUCAACCUCAGCCUACUCAUGGUCCUCACGGUCCUCAUGGUUCUCAUGGUUCUCACAGUACUCACGGUUCUCAAGGAGGUCAUGGACCACAUCAACCACAGGAGCUCUCUGAUAUGUUACAAAUGCUCCAAGAGCAAGGUGGAGCUUCCGGAUUUGAAGAAUUAAAUAUGUUCAAUACGAAUUUUGAGUAGCGAUAAUUAAAAACUAUAUCAAUAUCUAAUAAUAAUGAUAUUUAAAUUUCGUGGCUUUGUGCUGUGGAGUAUUUUUAAGUACCUAUUCAAGUGAAAAAUUUUAUUUUUAUUUUAUUUUUCUCACCGGGAGAUAAUCCCUAGAAGCACUUAAUACUCCCGUCGCACCUGUUACACCAAAAGGUUUGUAAGUAGCUUUUAAAAAGUUAUUUCUUCAUUAAAAUUAUAAUAUUACAACGGAUUAGAUGAAAACAUUAAACAGAUAAAAACACACAUUACUUCAAGACACGCACAUUGUCAUUCCGUUUUAUUAUAAAAACAAAAAUCAAAUAUAAAUAUCACACGCGCAAAUAAAAACUCAAAUGUACAAUGAUAUUAUUAUUAUUAUUAUUAUUAUUAUUAAUAUUCAAAAAAAAAAAAAUAUUUUAAGUUGAUAUUUUAAGUUUAACAAAAAAGUAUAAUUCGUGAUUAAAGAUUUUUUUUUAUUUUUAAAUGAUAUGAUUUAUAUACAUAUAUUUUAUUGUACAAAACAAUUAUCUAUUGCGUGGUACUUUUAAUUAUUUAAUAAUGAAUACAUAAAUAUCAAUAUAAUUAGAUUUUAUUUUAAAAAUAUUUCAUUCCAUUACUGAAAAUAAUAAUAAUAAUAGUAAUUAUUAAUAUUUUUUUAAGUAUAUAAUUUAUAAUUUUUAAGUUUAAAUUAAAUAAAAAAAAUCUCAGCGCCUGGUCUCUAUGUAAUCAUAAUAAUUUUAAUUGAAGCUUAAAAAUAGCAAAGUAUGACUAGCUUAAAAUUAUCAUUAUUUUUAAAUAGGUAUUUGUAAUUAUAACAGUGCAAUCAUCUAUGACAAAUACUUUUGAAAAAAAUUGUUUAAAUAACAAUAAUGUACAAAAUUAUAUAAUUCAAUUUGCUUGUCUGUAUGACACAAUUUUUAGGUAUUAUUAAGAAUCAAAAAGAUAAAAAAAAGAAAACAAAAAAAAAAAAAAAAAUACAAAAAAAAAACUAAUUAUAGAUAAUGUUACCGCCUAUAAGUAAUUAACGUAUAAGUGGUCAUGCGUGAUUUGUUGCAUUUGUACAUGUUUAGCAAUUUUUCGGAUAAUAUAAAAAUGACAAACUAGCAUAUCAUAUUAGUAAAAACAAAAAUUAAAUUUAAUUGAAAAGAAAAAAAAAAUUUUUUCACUAAUGUACGGGUUAUGAAUAUGAGUUGUAAUUUUUUUCAAGUCA